AAACGGGAAUGGGUGCGCCAUCAAUGAACAGACUCUAAAAGUAGGCCCUGCGUUCUCCUCGGUGCAUGUUGUAAAACAGUAUGGACAGCGCCAACACACUUGUAGACAUCCUGCACGUGCUGCCCGUUGACGCGAGGGCACUCAUCUUACGGAAUGGCGAGACAUUUUCGCCCAAGUCCGCCGUCUGGCGGCUUGUCAGCUCGGAUCUGCGGCAGCUCUAUGACAGCACCAUUACGCAUGCUCGCCUGCGUAUGUUAUCAGCGACUUGGCCCAGGCGACCUUCGCAGCUCGCACACGGCGCCUCGCCUUUGUUCAGGUUUGCCCGCUGCCGCCGGCUAGACCUGGAUGUCCUAGCCUCAGCCGACUCGGGCCCCCUCGCAGCCGUGCUCGCUGGCACCACGCCAGAGGCGCGACUGCGCAUCGCGCACCUCACAGCCAGCGGGCAGGGCUUUGGCCGGCUGCGGCUUCUGCAGACAGCCGCGGCGCUGCUGCCUGGCCUGUCGGUGCUGGAACUGAACGGAGGAGACGCCAACGACACCCCCGGCCAAGGUCCCGGAGGCGGCCCAGCUAGGUGCAGCAGCGUGUGCAGCGCGCUGGGUGACGCCGGACUGCCCCGGCUUCGCUGCCUGACUCUAACCCUCAAGUCGAAGCACGAGGUCUGCUGUCUGGGCGCGCUUGCAGGCUGCCCGCAGCUAGCCGAGCUGACCCUGCGCUUCGGUCUGGAAGGCGAUAUUUUGGCCCUGAGCAGCGCUGCUGCCGGCGCCUGCCCGCCCCUGCUGGAAGCGGCCCUGCACGGCUUGUCGCAGCUACCUCGCCUGCAGCGCCUGGUGGUGGGGGGCGAGUACCUGCAGGGCCGCUGCCCGCAGGUCCUGGAGCUGGCGGGCCGCCGCCGCCCACCCAGCCUGCGCAGCCUUACGCUGCUAGGCCGGCCCAACAACGGUGCGACGGUGGAGAUCGUCUUCGAGCCGGCGGGCGGCGUGCCUCCCGAGGGCGCGGCGGCGUCGGCGGCGGUGGCGGCAGCGGCGGCGGCAGCGGCGGCGGCAGCGGCGGCGGCGGCAGCAGCGUUGGCGGCAGCGGUAGUGGCAGCGGUGGCGGCAGAGGUGGCGGCAGCCGGUGCGUCCGUACCGGGGGCGGUAUCGGAGGCCGCAGGUGGCGUCUGGCGCAUCGCCCGCAUGCAGCUGAGCAUGGCGCAACUGGAGUGGCACGAGCGGCGGGCGGUGGCGCCGGCCCUGUUGGCUGCUGUCGACAGCCUGGGGCAGUGGGUAGUUCCGGAACUGGCCUUUAGCAGCCCGAGCAGCCCGGUCUGCCCGCAUGGCGGCCAGUGGGAGCUGUCGCCGGAGGAAGUGUUGGAGCCGGAGUCGGCUUGGGCGCAGCUGAUGGCUCGCUGCCAGCGUGUGGACGCAGACCAGCUGCCCGGGCUUCGCGGCGUGGGGACCUACAACCGGUUUGGGUUCCGCAAGCUGCCGGUGUUGCUGGCGGCUGCAAAGGUGAUGGGGCUGCCGCGUGUGCUGGAGCUGCAGCACGGCGAGUGGCGCUGCCGCGAGGCAGCGUCUGCCGUUGGCGCGGCCACAGCAGCAGAGGCAGCGGUGGGUGCGGCGGCGGCGGUGGACGGUGGCACGGCGCCUCUUGGUCAGGGCGUGGCAAGCCAGCUGCAGCAGCUGCGGCUGGGUGCUGAUUGCGGCGGCGGCGGCAAUGGUGGUGGCGGCGGGCUGCCGCUGCACCUGGACACCGCCACACCUGAGGAGGUGCUGCGGGAGGCCGUGGAGCGGCUGUGGGCGGAGAUGGAGCAUGGCAGCAGUGCUGAGGCGGCGGCGGGAAGGACCUGCACAAGUGGCGGCGGCGGCUGCGGGAACAGUAGCGGCACUGCGCGUCUGACAAGGGCGGUGCUUGCCCUGCGCGGAACUCUGCCGCCUGCGCCAGAGAAAGCCCAAUGUGACGCGGAUUGGGAUGAUUGGCUUCAGCAGGCGACGAGCUCAUGCUUCGCCACAACUCCUGCCCCAGCUUUGGCCGACGGGGCACAGCCGCCAGCAGCUGGGCUUGGCCCGGGGGCUACGAGCACAGCGGUCCAGCAGGCGCCACUGCCCAACCUGCGCUGCAGUGUGCGCUACGGCACGCACAUCGCGGCGCCGGGUGUGGGCCUGCUGCUGCUUGAUUGCCCGUCGCUUGCGGUCGCUGAGCAGUUGGUUGCGCAUGUGCGGGUCGGUGGCGCUGGCGCAGUGGCGGCGCUGGUGGUCCAGGAGCGCGCGGCGGACUGCGCUGGGUCCGCCCAUGCCGGCGCCGCCCUCAAACAUCAUGUCUUUCAGGUCCUCGAGGAGGUGUGGGCCCGGCCUGCGUCCAUAGCCGCCACCGCUGGCGGCGGCGGCCCUGCUAGCGGCGGCCCUGCUAGCGGCGGCAGUCGGGUCGACGAGGUGGUGUUGGGGCGGGUUGAGCGGCUGCUGGCGCUUGACAGGGGCGUGCGGGGGCUGUGGUCAUACGCUGCGUUCUCAUUGGAGGACUCGGGCGACGGCAGCGACGACUCGGAUGAUGUGUACUACGGCUACGGGGCGCGGCACUACUACGACCCGUACGACAAUGACGAGCUUGACGACGGCGGUGGGCGCGAGGGGGGGUACGACGACUACGAUUUUGAUGGUGGCGAGUUCUGACACAGGAAGGCGGGCGGACGUCACAUCGUGUACUCAUCGCAUUUGUAGCGAGUUCUGCUCAAGUCUGUUGUUUGCGAGUUGCGGGCAUGACUGCGCGUGUACGGUGCAUGGGGCGGGCUGCUAAGGCCGAGUUGGGUCGAGCGUGCAGGCCAGUGUUGUGGAAAGGAUGUGAUAGCGAAGCACUGGCAGAGAGUCGU